AUGCAACGCAAGCAAUUCCAACCAUUAACGUGGCCAGCUCUUAUACGCGCUUUGCCUGCAAAUAACUUCAGUUUAGAAGUUAUUACGGCUCUUGUUAAUGAAAAACGUUUUCCUUCCUUCUACUCUUCACUACUACUGCCAGAUUUCGAUGUGACCAAAUCGAAACAUUUCUUUAAAACCAUUAUCAAUCAUUUAAUUGAAGCUAAUACUCAGCAGUGUUUGGGAUAUUCUCGCUUGUCAUUCUUAGUUUGUGGCGUCAUUAGGGGUAAUCUGCCAUUGUUUGAAGAAGAGACAUUUAAACGCCUUCUCGAGCUCUUUCUGAGUAUUGAUACGCUACCGCCUAAUUCAGAACAUAACUAUGCUGUAGCUGCUGCCCUCUCAAGUCUUCUGUAUCUCCGUCCUGUAGACUUGAAAUCUGGACAAUCCUCUUUAGAUACCGAUCCUUCAACCUUCAAUUCCGAUUUUUUAGGUCGUCAUCAAGGUGAAAUGUGCCUUGAAAAGUUGGUUUCCAUUUUUGAAUACAAUAGAGGGGAGGUUAAAACGGAGAUCUCUUGCCUUCACGCCGUGAUUCAGCUUCUUGUUCAUCGAACAUUCCUUCAAUGCAAUUCAGCACAAACAGCGACUCUAAGUUGCAUUUCAAGAGUGGUUAAAGCCAUCUGGCCAAUCGCCUUUAUUCUCAACCGUCAAACAUCAGGCUACACAUCUGGCUCAAAUAGCUCUUACGGACCAUCCUCAGCAAGUGAACUUAGUGAUGGAUGGUGUGGAGAUUUUGCUGAAACGGAAAGGCCCGUCAUUGUAAAUAAGAAAAAAGCCCGUCAUUUGGCGACGUACUGUCUGAGAUGUCUCCUGGGGUCAAAACAAGUCUGCCAUGAAAUUUGGUCGAAGAAUUUUGCUGAAAAACAAUAUCUGCAAUCCUCGUUGUUGUUUGCUAUUUCACGUGAACAGGAUCCUAGUCUUAGGGAGAGGUUUAUAUUCAUCCUGAUUACCGUACUGAAUAAUUUGGAGAUUUCAUUUACAGUGGCUGAAGAAUUGCCAAAUAGAGACUCAGCCUCCUACAUAUCGUAUUCAGUUCGAUUGGCUAAUGAAUUGCGGGAAAUACAUCAAAGUCUUCACAGCGCACUUAUCAAUGAGAAGGUCACCAAAAAUCAGUUAGGACUUUUAAAAGCCAUUGGCACUCUUGUUGCUGUAACACCCUACCAUCGAUUGCAACCAGGAUUACUGACGAGGCUAAUGAACAAAACGAGUGCAUUUCUCAAGAAUUUCCAAAAUGAUCCUGCGAAAUUUGCCAAUUUGCAAGCGAGAAUUCUUGCAAUUUGGGACAAUAUUUUGAAUAAGAAGAACUUAACUCCCGAAUUGCGGUCAUUGAUCACGUCCAAGCUGGAUCCGGUCAUUUUUAACGGCCUUCAAAUGCCCCAGCGAAGCUCCUGCUGGCUUAUCGAUUUAUGUCUGCAAAUUCUGUCCGAGAGCAAGUUCUCUGCAUUGCGCAAUCAAGCCACGUCUCUCCUUCGAUCUUUCGUGUCUAUGCAUUUCAACCUCUUUCACCCCUUUAUGGAUGCUGUCAAGGCGAUGAUCCAACAAAACUUCCCACCGAGAAAGGAAGACCCCAUUUCCACCACACUGAAUAUUCUCAUUCUCUGUGAUACCAUACUUACUCAUCAAUUCGAUUGUCUCGAGAAAGGGCGGUUCUCGACUUUGUCUACAGACUGCGAAUGGUGGUACGACCUAAUAGGAACUCUGCUCGACUUUGCUUCGAAAAUUUAA